GGCGAACCAACCCAGGGCGAAUACAUAUCUAAGGCGAACGACCUGAUACGGUUCCCACUUAUCGAUUGGUCCAGAUUCUUGACGGUAAGAGACCGGCGAGAGUCUCCAGAACAGGCGUGGUGCUAAUUAUCCUGUCAUUCAGAGGAUAAAUUUAAACCACAACCAUGGAUGGGUUUUACACAAAGGCAGUUCAUUUUUAUGAUGAAGUUUUUGCCAAGAAAGAUCCAAGGGUGGAUGACUGGUUCAUGAUGUCAUCACCGCUUCCAAGCAUAGUCAUCUGCAUUCUGUAUGUGAUUAUCAUCAAGCUUGGUCCAUGGAUCAUGAAAGACAGGCAGCCACUUGGUUUGAGGAACGUCAUGCUUGCUUACAACUUUGUCAUGGUUCUACUCUCCACAUUUUGUUUUGUAGAGUUUGGAGUGGCGGGCUGGUUCACGGGGUAUUCAUUUGGCUGUGAGGAGGUCGACUACUCCAAUUCUCCCAAAGCCUUACGGAUGGCCAAUGUAUGCUGGUGGUUUUACAUGUCAAAGUUCAUAGAAUUACUGGAUACUAUCUUCUUUGUGAUGAGGAAGAAGUUUAACCAGUGCUCCUUUCUCCAUGUCUUCCAUCACGCCAUCAUGCCUGCCUCAUGGUGGUUUGGGGUCAGAUUUGUACCAGGAGGUUUUGGUACGUUCCACGCCCUGCUGAACUCCUUCAUCCACCUGGUCAUGUACACUUACUACUUCAUGGCCGCCCUGGGACCCAGAUACCAGAAAUACCUCUGGUGGAAAAAAUACAUGACCAAGAUGCAGAUUAUCCAGUUUAUCCUGGUUACGGUCCACUCAGUGCAGCUCCUCUGGAUGAAGGACUGUCGCUACCCACGCCUGUUCGCGUACUGGAUACUCGCCUAUGCUGUCAUCUUCCUCGUUAUGUUUGCCAAUUUCUACAUCCAGGCAUAUAAAAAGAAACCCGGUACCAGCUCGGAGUCCCAUACCAAUGGGAAACAGAAGAAACAUUGACGCGAACCUUGUUUAGUCAGUUUGCAGGUAUCAACAUUCAGGCUUUUAAAUAAUUGUAAUAAAUUUAGCAAAUGUUUUGCAAUUGUUUUGUACAUUAAUGUAUACUUUCAAAACUAUAGAGAUUUUUGUUGCCAUGCAUUAUGUAUAUGAAAAUCAGCACUGCAUAUUCACGCCAUUAAAAGGUUACCAAUGUAAACGAAGCGGAACACUAAGAAUACCACAUGCAAGCCAUAAUCAAAUAUUGCCAUUGUUUAUCAGUACCAUUUACACAGACCAGAGCUAUUUUAGAUGAAAUUUUAUACUGCUUAUGCUUGUAGGUCCAUAUGUAAUCUUUAAUAAACCAGCAUUUUCAGCUUAUUCUUUUAAGUUUUGUUAGAAGUAAGAACAUGGAGUUUCUUAACUGAAGUUUUUAUACAAUUUAUGAAGUUUGUUAGCAAUUCUUGUUAACAAUGAUUGUAACAUAUUACAUUUGUUGUGCAAUUGUAAGCAAACCAUUUUACAUUAUGAUACAUGAUUAUAUCAUGUUUGCAUAAUUUUGAUGUUAUUUUAUUUUCUGUACCUUAUUGACCUUGAACAAAAUAGGUAUAUUCUUCUAGUACCGGUACUGCAAUUUUAUUACUGUUGACAGUCAUGUAUUUUGUUAUUCAAUUUUUAGCUCACCUGAACACAACGUGCUCAUGGUGAGUUUUUGUGAUCACUUUUUGUCUGUUCCGUCGUGAGGCGUCAACAUUUGCCUUGUUAACUCUCUAGAGGCCACAUUUAUUGUCCAAUCUUCAUGAAAUUUGGUCAGAAGAUUGGUCUCAAUGAUAUCUUGGAUGAGUUCGAAAAUGGUUAUGUUCGCUUGAAAAACAUGACUGCCAAAUGGCGGGGCAUUUUUCCUUAUAUGGCUAUAGUAAAAUCUUGUUAACACUCUAGAGUCCACAUUUAUAAUCCAAUCUUCAUGAAACUUGGUCAGAACAUAAGUCUUAAUGAUGUCUUGGAUGAGUUCGAAAAUAAUUAUGUUUCCUUAAAAAAAAAUGGCUUCCAAGGGGCGGGACGUUUUUCCUUAUAUGGCUAUAGUAAAAUCUUGUUAACACUCUAGAGGCCACAUUUACUGUCCAAUCUUCAUGAAACUUGGUCAGAAGAUUCAUCCUGAUAAUAUCUUGGAAGAGAUAAAAAAAAUGAUGCCGUUUGGUUGAAUAAACAUGGCUGCCAGGGGGCGGUGCAUUUUUACUUAUAUGGCUAUAGAAAAACCUUGUUUACACUCUAGGGGCCACAUUUAUUUUCCGAUCUUCAUGAAAUUUGGCCAGAAGAUUUGUCCCAAUAAUAUCUUGCAGACCUGUUUACUUCUACGGAUUCGCCGUAGUUCCUACGGAUUAUUGGGCUAAACUACGCACUACGGAU